AUGAUAAAAGAUUUGACAAGUGAAAACACAUGUCUGUACUUUUCUGUGCGCGGAAGGAUUUUCUUUUUCUUUUCGUGCACUGACUGUUUGCAUGGAAAAGGCCAAAAAACAAACUUGGGAGGAAAAAAGAAGAAAAAGUCAUUUUUUUUUUCUUUCUCUGACACAGUUUUAUUUUAUCUUCUAACUUUUUUAAAAAUUUUUUUUACUUAUUGUUCGGUUUUCUUUUGUCUUUCCUUUCAAAAAAAAAAAAAAAAGAAGAAGGAAAAAUGGAAUUGCGUACUUUUCGGUGUCACACUUUUUCUUAUAUUUCUCUUUCUCUCUGCGCCACUUUCUUUCUUUCUUUCUUUCUUUCUUAGUUUGCCACAAACUCGAACUUUCGUAAUUUUUUUUUUCAAAUUCUUCGUUAAUUCUUCCGAUCCUUCAUUUUCUUUUCUUUCCACGAACCAUUCGUUCGUUUUGUUUUGCCUUCUUUCCUUCCGUCCUUCCUUUUGUUUUUCUUUCUUUCUUUCCUUCAUUCUUUCCUUCCUUCCUUCAUUCAUUCAUUUCUUUCUUCCUUCCUUCAUUCUUUCCUUCGUUCCGUCCUUCCUUCAUACUUUCCUUCCGUCCUUCCUUCCUUCAUUCAUUCAUUUCUUCCUUCCUUCAUUCAUUCUUUCCUUCAUUCCUUCUUUCCUUCCUUCCGUCUUUCCUUCCUUCAUUCAUUCUUUCCUUCCUUCCUUCCUUCCGUUCUUUCCUUCCUUCAUUCAUUCUUUCCUUCUUUCCUUCCUUCCUUCAUUCAUUUCUUCAUUCCUUCCUUCCUUCAUUCAUUUCUUCAUUCCUUCCUUCCGUCUUUCCUUCCUUCAUUCAUUCUUUCCUUCCUUCCUUCUUUCCUUCCUUCCUUCAUUCAUUUCUUCCUUCUUUCCUUCCGUCUUUCCUUCCUUCAUUCAUUCUUUCCUUCCUUCCUUCUUUCCUUCCUUCAUUUCUUCCUUCCUUCCUUCCUUCCUUCAUUCAUUCAUUUCUUCCUUCCUACCUUCCGUCUUUCCUUCCUUCCUUCAUACUUUCCUUCCGUCCUUCUUUCCUUCCUUCAUUCAUUCAUUCUUUCCUUCUUUUCCUCCUUCCGUCCUUCCUUCAUUCUUUCCUUCCUUCAUUCAUUCAUUCUUUCCUUCCUUCCUUUUGUUUUUUCUUGCUUCUGUCCUUCCAUUUGUUUUUCCUUCCUUUUAUUUUUUCUUCCUUCCUUCAUUACUGCUUUAUUUCUUUCAAAUUUUCUUUCCAUGCUAUUUAUAG